UGUGGAGAGUAAUGGAGAUGCUAUCGGUAAGAGAGCAACACGCUCGUACACUGCUAAUUUAUCAUCGUUGGGAUGUGGAGAAGUUGUUUGCAGUAUAUGUAGACAAGGGGAAAGCAUUUCUCUUUGGUGAGGCUGGUGUUAAUGUGGAUGAACAUCCCGACUCUGACUCAUCCGUUCCUUCUACAGUAAUGUGCUACAUCUGCAUGGAGGAUGUUGCUAGGGUCGAAACAACAAGAAUGGAUUGUGGUCAUUGCUUUUGCAACUCCUGUUGGAUUGAGCAUUUUAUUGUUAAAAUAAAUGAGGGUCAAAGUAAACGUAUUAGAUGCAUGCAACACAAGUGCAAUUCCAUAUGUGAUGAAGAUGUGGUUAGAACUCUACUCAGUAGAAAGCACCCUGAUAUGGCAGAGAAAUAUGAACGCUUUCUUCUUUAAUCUUACAUUGAAGACAAUAAAAGAGUUAAAUGAUGUCCCAGUACACCUCAUUGUGGGAAUGCAAUACGGGUUGAGGAUGAUGAAUUGUGUGAGGUAGAAUGUUCAUGUGGUUUACAGUUUUGUUUUAGGUGCUUGUCAGAAGCACACUCACCUUGUUCAUGCCUGAUGUGGGAGCUUUGGGCUAAGAAGUGUCGAGAUGAGUCAGAAACUGUUAAUUGGAUAACCGUUCAUACAAAAC